CUAUUGAUCCCGCUACUUUGGCAAUACAUGAGGUGACGUAUAAAAUGGCUUCCACUUUAAAGGCAGUGGUUGAAAAUGACGUUUUCAUACGUAGAAAGGGAGACAAAUAUUUAUCAGAACUCGUAUCGAACGGUUACAACAAUAUCGCGGCAAAGAGUCAGUACAUUGGAGAUGAUACAAAGGUCGAUUUGAUCUUCCUGACGGAAAAAUUCGGCUUGGAAGCAUUGGAAUUUCAAGACAAUUCUACAAAAGAUUUAUCUACGCUGAUUGAAACAUCCACUGGUGAGAUAUAUUACAUGAUGCAGUCAGUGGUCAAUUCUGUGGUUCCAGACGAUUUGAAACAAGUACGACCGGUCGAUAAUAUUUACACCGGGAGAGAUCAGAUAUCAAACAUGUUAGAUGUUAUCGGGGACGGAAUUAACGUGACUGCCACAAGCCUUAGCGAUGACGAGAGGGCCUGGUUGUAUAUCCGAAUGCAGAAGAAACUGAAGUAUAAAACGGGAGCUCAUAAAGAAAGUGUCAAACAAGCUGCAACCAUGGCAGUUAACCUUGCUCAGAAAAUCCAAGACGAGAUGAAGCUCUGCAAAACAUGCAGCAACACAAAAAGCACAAAAACGGAACAAUUACUGACUAAAAACACUGCCGAGAAUAUAGCCAACAGUACGACUUCUACAAAAACUUCCGCCUUCAAAAUACCCGGGUUAUUUGAAGCAAUUGCCAACAGUAGUGGUGAAAUACGAUCAAUUGAGGAUAUUGCUGGAGAAGAUGUUUCAGUGUCUGCGUUUGAAUUUGAAGAAAAUGUUUAUAUGUAUGAUACGGACGGCACUUCGAGUUAUGUUACAUCGAAUGUUUUACGUAUCGACGUCAAAACAUCAACGGCGCGUGUAACUCCAGGUAAUAUGACAUUCGAGCAAAACGUUGUAACACCGGAUGCUGUAAAUAUAUCACCAAAGGACUUUGUUAACGUCGAAGAUGUAUCUGAGUUUGUGUAUCAUCGAUUUAUAUACGGAAAGGCAAGCGACAAGGUCUGCAUGAUUAUCCAACCAACAGGGGUUGCCACCUUUGAAUUAUACGACGUAUAUCUUGGCCUUAAGGGACCUCCUUCGAUAGAACAGUAUCAUUUGAAAAUCACUGUAAGAGUAAAUGACAGCUGGCAGAACUGUAUUGAAUCAAGAGAUAUGCAUGGACAUACAGGAAUGGUCUACUAUGCUGUGCAUGUACCCGGAACGGUGAAACAGGUUGAUUAUAACCUCACAUUGAUAACUGUGGGCUGCCUGACAUGGAACGAAAUGCAGACAAAAUGGGAAACAGACAAAUGUGAGAUGGAAUGGAAACCGUUAGAAGAUAGACUUGUUUGUCUUUGCAACGAGGUUACAGAUCUCGUCUUUGCAAAUUCUUUUUUUGUCGCACCAAAUACUAUUGACUUUGCGACAGUGUUUCUCAAGUUUUCCCCAUUGAGCCAGGCUGCAGUUCUAGGUGCCUUGACGAGUUUAUUGUUCAUAUACAUUGUCGCAGUUCUUUAUUUGAAAGGAUUGGAUAGGCGGGACCAGCUAAAGUGGGGUAUUACACCAUUACGAGACAAUACUCUUGGAGAUAGCAACUACUACCUGAUAAAGGUCAUGACAGGAAUGCGGCGGGGAGCAGGGACCACCUCCAGAAUCACGUUUGUUUUGACUGGGGACAAGGGCGAUACCGGCCCACGAGAAAUGUUUGAUGGAGUAAGAAAGAAAUUUAGCACUGGCAGUGUAAUGUCAUUCUUCAUGGCGUCGAAGCGACAUUUGGGAUCACUAGAACACCUUUACAUUUGGCACGAUAACCACGGUGGUGGGGAUGAAGCCUCGUGGUAUCUCAACCAAGUUGUGGUCUAUGACAUUGAAACUAGGUCCACGUACACAUUUGUGGCAGAAAAGUGGCUGUCGGUGGAAACAGAAGUGGAUGCGAAUAUUCCUGUUACAGUUUCUGGUAAACCGGUGCUGUUUGAAAGCAGGUUUUUCUACCAGGUACGAGACCGGCUGUCAGAGAGUCACAUGUGGGUUUCGAUCCUGUACCGUCCUCAAACUAGCACGUUCACCAGAGUUCAAAGAGCAUCCUGCGCUCUUGCGUAUCUUUGUCUUAUCAUGAUUGCUAACGCCAUGUAUUUUAACCCUGACGAUGAGUACGAAAGACCGCCUCUCGUUCAAGCCGGACCAUUUAGAUUCACUUCACAGCAGAUUUUCAUCUCAAUAGUGUGUGCCCUAAUAACAACCCCUCCAGUGAUGCUCCUCAUAUUUCUGUUCAAACGAAGCAAGCGAAGACCUUCAGGAGCUGGAAUAUACUGCGGUUGUUGGUGCAGUGGAUCGUGUUGCCGAUCGUGCAGUGUUUGUUGCUGGCGAUUGUUUAGAACACCAGAGAAGGAGAAACAAAGGCUGUAUGAGCAAAUGUUAAAAACGAAAAUGCUGUCCGAUGAUACGCCAGAAUUCUCCGGAUUUUAUCUCCCCUGGUGGUGCAUCUAUUUCGCCUGGACCUUGUUUGUAGUCGGUACUAUUGUCCCAGCAUUCUUUGUGGUGCUGUAUAGCAUACAAUGGGGUCAACAGAAGUCGGAGGAGUGGUUAACAUGCUUUCUUAUGUCAAUGUUCGAAUCAAUUAUUCUUGUGGACCCAGUCAUGGUUAUGAUGAUAGCAUUUGUGUUAGCCUGUAUCUUUAGAACAUCGAGGAAUGAUACAAAUGUCGACGUUGGUGUAAUAAUUGAGAAUUAUCAGAAGUCAUCGGGAGAAAUGGAAGAUAAAGUUUCGUCUUGCAUCAAUAUACUUCGGCAUGUAAGGGAGGACUACACGUCGUAUGAGUCAACGCCCAUGAAUAUAUCACCGCCGUUAAAGGGGGACAACCUGGUACGAGCUGCAAAUGUCUGGAAAAACGAGCAGAAUUUAAUGACCGUUUUGAGGGAUAUUUUGCUCAAUAUGUUGUUGAUAUUCAUCAUUUGCUCUAUUGCGUUCAGCAAUCGGGACAAUAGGUCUUACAGCCUUCACGAAGACAUAAUCAAUCAAUUCAUUACGCCUUGGAAAAAGCCACACUUCAAAACGAUAAAGACCCAAGGAGACAUGUACAAUUGGCUCAAUGUGUCUGUUAUACCAAGCUUAUUUCCGGAGUUCGAUAUAAACGGAAGUCCACUGCAUUGGUACGACAAGAAAUUCAUGGCUGGUUACAAUACCAUGAGGCUUGGACCUCCCAGGCUGCGGCAGCUACGAACAACUAACGGAGCAUCGUGCAAUAUACCAUACAUUGGAGAUGUCAAAUGCUUUGAGGAAUACAGCAUUUUUAAGGAAGAAGAGGAAGAUUUUUGUAUUGGUUGGGAGAGUAGGCCGUGUGACCCUAUCGAGAACGUGUUCAACUUAUCUAGUGGUGCUUGGAGCUUCAAUUCAGCUGUCGACAUCUGGGGACUGCCUCUGUCCGGGUUUUACACUACGUACGGUGGAGGGGGAUAUAUCGCUCAGUUUGACGUCAAUAGAAACGUUUCCAUUCGAAUUGUAAACGAACUCUUUCGAGAAUUCUGGGUCGAUCGACAGACGCGGGCAGUUUUCUUCGAAUACACGUUAUACAGCCCUUCCACAAAUAUGUUUAUUUACAACGUAUUUCUGAUAGAGUUUCCACAAACUGGGGGAGCAUUCACAACGUACUGGGUGUAUCCAAUAAGGGUUUAUUCGCAUGUUGGUGCGAUUGGAACGUUUACCCUAUUUUGUGAAGUUAUUUUCGUCAUCUAUUUAUUCAUCAUGCUCGUUAAAUUGUGCAUACGUAUUUAUCAAAAACGAAAAGGUUUCUUUUUCGAGUUCUGGCAAGUUUAUGACCUAGUCAUGUUUUCCCUAGGUGUGACAUCAAUUGCAAUAUUUGCUAUUCGGCUUGGUUUUACCUACAUGACAAUUAACAAAUACAAAGAAAACAUAAAACAUUUCGUGAACUUCAGCCAUAUUGUGUUUUGGGAUCAGAUUUUUAUGGCCUGUUUGACUAUUCUGGUAUUCAUGGCCACUCUAAGAUUAUUGGAGGUGUUUGCUACUUCAAAGAAAGUCAGCGGUUUGGUUCAAGUUUUCAAGGAGUGUGGUAAAGACUUGUUCUGGUAUGGAAUGGCAUUUUUCCAUAUGUUUCUAGGAUUUUGUUUCCUGGGUUAUCUUUUGUUUGGACACCAUCUCAUCUCGUACAUGAACAUCUUUAAGUCCUUAGGCACGCUGUUUAUUGCAAUGAUCGGGAAAAGCAAAUUUACUGAAAUCAAUGAAACGCAGCCAUUGUUGGCUAAGAUAUUUUUCACCUUUUACAUUCUAAUAAUAAUAUUCUUUGUGUUAUCUAUCUUUCUGUCUAUUCUUGGUGCAAGCAUUGAUAACUCUGUUCAAGAUGCAAAGGCAGAUAGUAACGAAGAUUUAUUUGAGCUUCUGAUACGCAAAGUGUCAACGAUGUUUACAAUGCCAUGUGCCAGAAGGAAAUCGAAGGGUUCAAACGAUAUAAAAAAUCGAAUGUGGUCAAGGAUUCCGUAUCCGUUUCAAAUAUUCAACACGAAGUGCAUGCCGAGCCAGGCUCCGGUGAACCAUUCCUGGCAACAGCAGAACUUGGACGAUAGAAUCAAUAGCCGGAAAAUAAUCCAUAAAAAUACAAAAAACAGGCGAAAAACACGACCCGUUUCGUCCGAAUGACUUCAGUUUAUAUGAUGUAUUUUAACACACUUCAUGAAUUUUGAUAUUGAUCUGAUUGGCUGUCGUCAUUUAAAUCCCGACGGUAAAAAUCUGUUUAUAUCUUGGCGAAUCAUGAAUCAGUUGAAUUCAUUCACGAAAAUGUCAGUGUUUUGUUUUAUAUUAUUGUUUUCUUACCUUUAAAAUUGUUUUAUUCGUAAACAGAAACUGAACUAUUAACUCAAUCUUAAAGCUGCACUCUCACAGAUUGACCGUUUUGACAACUAUUUUAUGUUUUAUCUUGGAAUGAGCCAUUUUUGGAUUUUCUUAGAAAUGUCUUGAGACAAGUGAUACAAGACUGUUGAAAACAGAUCAGAUCGCAGAUUUUCAUAUUUACGUUUUUAAAAUUGAUGUUUUAUGGCUAAAAGUGUUACUAAAGCUUUAAGAAAAACGAAUUUUCGGCAGUUUUCCAAACAAUUGAGAUCUAUUAUCUCACAAGAAAUUAUCUUAUAUGACAGAAUUGAAGGCACUGAUGACAAAAUCAGCUAAUUCUGAAAAAAAUAAAAUCAAAACUGAUAAUCUGUGAGAGUGCAGCUUUAAAGGGGCUGUACUUCAUAUGAUAAAAUAGCGGGGAAAAAAGAAAAUUGUCGAAAACUGACAUAAACUUGGCAUCGAUGUGUACAAUGCAUUGAAACUUACUAACGGUGUUAUCACGUGAUAUUACCGAGAUAGGUGUAUAGCUUAAUUAUGUCACCCAAUUAGAGUAAGCCGUCGUAGCUCAGUGGAUACGACGCUGGACUGUAAUUUUGGCGACACGGGUUCGAACCCGGUCUCCGACACAAUUUUUUUUUUCAUUUUGGUACU